AUGGAGGGAGGCGGUGAUGCAACCAUGACCUCCUUCAUCAUGGAUGAGGAGACUCUCAAGAGAAAACAGAGAGAGAAACUGAAGAAGCUCCAGGCCACCGGCGGUAACCCGCGACCUGCUCGAUCCCUCCUCUUCCUCACGCUGAAGAACCCUUUCCGCAAGGCCUGUAUAAGCAUUGUUGAGUGGAAACCGUUUGAAAUCAUCAUCCUCCUCACCAUCUUUGCCAACUGUGUAGCUCUGGCUGUUUUCCUGCCGAUGCCUGAAGAAGAUACAAACAACACCAACAGUAACCUGGAGAGUCUGGAGUACAUUUUCCUCAUCAUAUUCACUACGGAAUGUUUCCUGAAGAUCGUGGCGUACGGACUUCUCUUUCACGCCGAUGCAUAUUUACGGAACUGCUGGAAUAUAUUGGACUUUGUCAUUGUGACGAUGGGGUUGUUCACUAUCGUGGUGGACUUCAUCAAUAACAUCAGCGGUGUGGAGGCUCCGGUGGAACAGAAGGGAGGGUUCGAUAUGAAGGCUCUCAGAGCGUUUCGAGUCCUUCGGCCCCUGCGGCUCGUCUCCGGGGUCCCCAGCCUACAGGUGGUGAUGAGCUCCAUUCUCAAGUCCAUGUUGCCACUGUUUCACAUCUCCCUGCUGGUGUUCUUCAUGGUCACCAUCUACGCCAUCAUCGGCCUGGAGCUGUUUAAAUGCAAAAUGCACAAAACGUGUUAUCACGCUGGCACAGAUAUCAUAGCGACGGUAGAGAACGAGAAGGCGUCUCCAUGUGCUCAGGCCGGUAACGGACGGCGCUGUACUCUGAACGGAACCGAGUGUCUUGGGGGGUGGCCCGGGCCCAAUAACGGCAUCACACACUUUGAUAAUCUGGGUUUCUCUAUGCUCACCGUGUAUCAGUGCAUCACCACACAGGGCUGGACGGAUGUUCUGUAUUGGGUGAACGAUGCAAUCGGAAUGGAGUGGCCCUGGCUGUAUUUCGUCACAUUGAUUCUGUUGGGCUCGUUCUUCAUCCUCAAUCUGGUUCUGGGGGUUCUCUGUGGCGAGUUCACUAAAGAGCGAGAGAAGAGUUCUCGGAGCGGAGAGUAUCAGAAGUUACGGGAGACACAACAGUUGGAUGAGGAUCUGAAGGGAUAUAUGGAGUGGAUCACGCAGGCAGAGGUCAUGGACAACGACCAGGAGGGCCAAGGUCUCCUUCCACUGGACGGAGCGGAAACAGAAAGCCUUUAUGAGUUGGAUGUACUGAACAAACUCAUGUAUUACGUUCGACAUGCUCGCCGCUGGAACCGUUUUUUCAGGAGAAAGUGUCGCGUUUGGGUGAAGUCCAGGCUCUUCUAUUGGCUGGUGAUAUUUCUGGUGUUCUUCAACACGUUGGCCAUCGCCACCGAACACCAUCAGCAGUCACAAUCCCUCACUAACUUCCAAGACAACACGAAUAAAGUGCUGCUGUCUCUGUUCGCGGUGGAGAUGUUUCUGAAGAUGUACGCCAUGGGACUUCCAUCUUACUUCAUUUCUCUGUUUAACCGUUUCGACUGCUUUGUGGUGUCCGUGGGAGUCCUGGAGCUCAUUCUGGUACGCAUGGACAUCAUGUCCAUCAUGGGGAUCUCCAUACUGCGCUGCAUUCGACUGCUCCGUCUCAUCAAAGUCACCAGGCACUGGACGACCCUCAGUAAUCUGGUGGCAUCGCUCUUAAACUCAGUGCGUUCUAUCGCCUCUCUCCUCCUUCUCCUCUUCCUCUUCAUCGUCAUCUUCGCUCUUCUCGGCAUGCAGGUGUUCGGCGGAAAGUUCAAUUUUCCCGACGACGAAGUGCGACGCAGCAACUUCGACGAUUUCCCUCAAGCGCUCAUUACAGUUUUCCAGAUCCUGACAGGUGAGGACUGGAACUCUGUCAUGUAUGACGGAAUCAUGGCUCAUGGAGGUCCGGCCGUGCCUGGAAUACUAGUCAGCAUUUACUUCAUCAUCCUGUUCAUCUGUGGAAACUAUAUCCUAUUGAACGUGUUCUUGGCGGUUGCGGUGGAUAAUCUGGCGGAGGCCGAGAGCUUGACCUCCGCACAGAAAGAGAAGGCAGAAGAGAAGAGACGUAAAAAACUUCUAAGGGAAAAUCUUUCUGACAAGGGUGAGGAGGAGAAAGCUCUGCUGGCAAAGAAACUGGCUGAGCAGAGAGCCAAGAUAGAAGGAAUUCCCACUACAGCUAAACUCAGAGUGGACGAAUUCGAAUCCAACGUGAACGAGAUUAAAGAUCCGUUUCCACCGGCUGAUUUUCCAGGCGACGAUGAAGAGGAGGAGCCAGAGAUUCCCACCAGCCCUCGGCCUCGUCCAAUGGCAGACCUGCAGCUGAAGGAGACGGUCGUGCCCAUGCCCGAGGCCAGUUCCUUCUUUAUCUUCGGCCCGCAGAAUAAGGUCCGCAAGCUCUGUCAUCGCAUCAUCAACGCCACGACCUUCACCAACAUCAUCCUCCUCUUCAUUCUGCUCAGCAGCAUCUCAUUGGCUGCUGAGGACCCCAUCGACCCCAUGUCCUUCAGGAACCAGGUUCUGGCCUACGCUGAUAUUGUCUUCACUUCUGUGUUCACGGCAGAGAUCGUGCUGAAGAUGACCACAUACGGCGCCUUCUUACACGAGGGCUCCUUCUGCAGAAACUCCUUCAACAUCUUAGACCUGAUCGUUGUUGGCGUUUCCCUGCUGUCCAUGGGAAUGGAGUCGAGUGCCAUCUCAGUAGUUAAGAUCCUCAGGGUCCUGAGAGUACUGAGACCUUUAAGAGCCAUAAACAGAGCUAAAGGUCUUAAGCAUGUUGUAGCAUGUGUGUUUGUGGCCAUCAAGACCAUCGGCAACAUCGUCUUAGUCACAAUGCUCCUGGAUUUCAUGUUCGCCUGCAUUGGAGUUCAGCUUUUCAAGGGGAAAUUUUUCGCUUGCACAGAUCCGCUGAAAAUGACAGAGGCAGAAUGCAAAGGAACGUUCAUAAAACAUCAGGAGAACGCUCUUCACGACAUGGUGCUCAGCACGCGCGAGUGGAUCAACAGCGACUUGAACUUUGAUAACAUUCUGAACGGCAUGCUGGCGCUCUUCACCGUCUCAACAUUCGAAGGCUGGCCAAAGUUGUUGUAUAAAGCCAUCGACUCGAACCUUGAGGACGUCGGCCCCGUUUACAACAACCGCAUUGAGAUUUCCAUCUUCUUCAUCGUCUACCUCAUCCUCAUCGCCUUCUUCAUGAUGAACAUCUUUGUGGGUUUUGUUAUCGUCACGUUUCAGGAGCAGGGAGAGCAGGAGUUUAAAAACUGUGAGCUGGAUAAAAACCAGCGCCAGUGCGUCCAGUACGCCCUGAAGGCUCGACCUUUGAGAUGCUACAUCCCGAAGAACCCGUAUCAGUACCAGGUGUGGUACAUCGUGACGUCUUGUUACUUUGAGUACCUGAUGUUUCUCCUCAUCAUGCUCAACACCAUGUGUCUGGGGAUGCAGCACUGUAAUCAAUCGGAUCACAUCACUCAUUUAUCCGACAUGCUGAACGUCAUCUUCACUGUCCUGUUCACAGUGGAGAUGAUCCUCAAAGUUGGUGCCUUCAAAGCAAAGGGUUAUUUCGGCGACCCCUGGAACGUCUUUGAUUUCGUAAUCGUGGUCGGCAGCAUCGUUGACGUCAUACUAAGUGAAAUUGAUGCGGCUCUCGCGGCUCAGGGUGGAUUGUACUGUCUCACUGGAUGUUCUGAAGUGAACCCCAUGCAGGUCAUAGCCGACUCUGAGAACAUGAGCGUGUCCAUCACGUUGUUCCGACUCUUCCGCGUCAUGCGUCUGGUGAAGCUGCUGAAUCGCUUCGAGGGGAUUCGAAAUCUGCUGUGGACCUUCAUCAAAUCAUUUCAGGCUUUGCCGUACGUGGCGCUCCUCAUCGUCAUGUUGUUCUUCAUCUACGCCGUCAUUGGCAUGCAGGUGUUUGGAAAAAUCGCGCUAAUAGACGGAUCCAUGAUCAAUCGCAACAGCAACUUCCAGACAUUUCCUCAGGCCGUGCUGCUGUUGUUCAGGAGUGCCACAGGUGAAGAGUGGCAGGAAGUUAUGUUGGGCUGUCUGUACGGUCAGCGAUGCGACCCCAAGUCUGAUUACCUGCCUGGAGAGGAGUACACCUGCGGCUCUGGAUUUGCCGUUUUGUACUUCAUGAGUUUUUACAUGCUGUGUGCGUUCCUGAUCAUCAACCUGUUUGUGGCUGUGAUCAUGGACAACUUUGAUUAUCUGACCCGUGAUUGGUCGAUUCUGGGGCCGCAUCAUUUGGACGAGUUUAAGAAGAUCUGGGCUGAAUACGACCCAGAGGCCACGGGGCGCAUUAAACAUCUAGAUGUUGUGACGUUGCUGAGGAGAAUCCAGCCGCCUCUUGGGUUCGGAAAGUUCUGCCCUCAUCGUGUCGCUUGCAAGAGACUCAUUUCCAUGAACAUGCCGCUCAACAGCGACGGAACAGUUACGUUUAACGCCACUCUAUUCUCUCUGGUGCGCACGGCGCUGAAAAUUAAAACCGAAGGUAACUUUGAGCAGGCCAAUGAGGAGCUGCGAGCGAUUAUUAAGAAGAUAUGGAAGCGCACCAGUAUGAAGCUGCUGGAUCAGGUCAUUCCACCGAUCGGAGAUGAUGAGGUCACGGUGGGAAAGUUUUACGCCACUUUCCUGAUCCAGGACCAUUUCAGGAAGUUCAUGAAGCGACAGGAGGAAUAUUACGGAUACCGGCCGAAUAAGAAGAACAAAAACACAACGGAGAUACAGGCGGGUCUCAGGAGCAUUGAGGAAGAAGCCGCUACUGAACUGCAGCGGGCGAUCUCUGGAGAUCUUCUCAAUGACGAGGACAUGGACAGAGCCAUGGAUGAAGCCACGGAGGAGGGCAUCUACAGGAGAGCGGGUGGCCUGUUUGGUAACCAUGUGAAUCCAUUCUCUAUGGAGAGAGGAACACCCAUGCCCACCCAGGUGACCAGCCAGCGCCCCCUACAGAUCGCAGACAGCAGAGCAGAGCAGACCGAAGCCUCGCCCGGCUCACCCUCAUACCUGACACACACUAACUUUAACAACAACAACACAAACGAUAAUAGGAGCAGACGGAGCUGUGAACGUCACUUCCCAUCAUGCAUCAGUGCAUCGACCCAGUUUGGUCCUGUCAGUGCAGCUGACUUCCUCAUUCUAGAGACUCUGUCUGCUGGAGGUUUGAAGAGUCUGGCCAGCGACAGCCAGUUUGUGACCACAACAAAAGCAGAGAUGGCCGAAGCCCUGCGCAUGGACCUCGACGUGUUCGAGAGAAACUCCGCAUCCAUUCUUAAUGAACGUAAAGGACAGCCUGUGUUCAGAGAGAGAAACACAACAACAUCUCCACUAGACGUGACACGCUGCCAAGUGUAAUGAGGACUUUGGUUGAACCAGAGAGACGCCAUUCGGUGAUUUGGAGUUUUGUGAAGCCAGUACUGCCAAAGUGUGUAAAGUUAUCGUUGAUAAUCAUUUUUUUUCAUACCAUGGUCUGUUAAAAUACUUGAUUCUGAUUGGCUGAAAGGUGUGCAUCAAACGCGUUUAAUGCACUUGUAAUUCAACUCAAGUUUGAUUACAUCUGCAAUUAACUGACAAAAAUGACCUGUCUGGUCAAAAAUUACAAUUUAAACAUCAAUUACAGCUUUAACUUGGCAAAUGACCAUGAUAAACCACAGCUUGACGUGCAUUACAGUAUUUUAAUGCGCUUUUGCUCUUCUUAAAACGCUUUAAUUCAGGAUUUAUCUGUGGUUUAUAACUUACUUAUUAAUGGAAACAUGCACAAAAUUGAUAAAAGUAAAGUUUGACCCCCAAAAAUGAUGCGAUGAAUGGACGUUAUUUUUAACAGUCCUCUAACAAUUCCAAUAAUAUCAUGUAUUUAAUGCAUUUCCUUAUG